GCGGAGCGGGACUGAGCCCGCCGCCGCCCGCCGCAGCCCCGGGCUCCUCUGGCCCAGCCAUGGCGAAGCAGUACGACGUGCUGUUCCGGCUGCUGCUCAUCGGGGACUCCGGGGUGGGCAAGACCUGCCUGCUGUGCCGCUUCACCGACAACGAGUUCCAUUCCUCGCACAUCUCCACCAUCGGUGUUGAUUUUAAGAUGAAGACCAUAGAGGUUGAUGGCAUCAAAGUGCGCAUACAGAUUUGGGACACAGCGGGGCAGGAGAGAUAUCAGACCAUCACAAAGCAGUACUAUCGACGGGCCCAGGGAAUAUUUUUAGUCUACGACAUUAGCAGCGAGCGCUCUUACCAGCACAUCAUGAAGUGGGUCAGUGAUGUGGACGAGUAUGCACCAGAAGGGGUCCAGAAGAUCCUUAUCGGGAAUAAGGCCGAUGAAGAGCAGAAACGGCAGGUGGGGAGAGAGCAAGGGCAGCAGUUGGCCAAGGAGUACGGCAUGGACUUCUAUGAAACAAGUGCCUGCACCAACCUCAACAUUAAAGAGUCUUUCACGCGUCUGACAGAGCUGGUGCUGCAGGCCCACAGGAAGGAGCUGGAUGGUCUCCGGACACGUGCCAGCAAAGAGUUGGCGCUGGCAGAGCUCGAGGAGGAUGAGAGCAAACCUGAGGGCCCAGUGAACUCUUCAAAAACUUGCUGGUGCUGAGGGUCCUGCAUGGAGCACCCACAAAUCCCCCCCACCCCUCAGGAGGCCUGUGGGCAGACGGGGCGUCUGGGCUUUGCCCUGCUUCUCUCAUUGGGUGACCCUGUGGAACAUCAGCAGCUGCGACCCCUGCCUGGCCCUGCGGGGCUCUGCCGUCAUCUCUGAGCAGCCUCUGCCCCCAGCCCUCACCCCGAGUGGUAUCCGUCAGCCGUUUCCCCAGCCGCAGGCCUGCUAGGAGCCCCAGGUGUGCCGAGAGCACCCCAGACAGCGGCGUCCGGGGUCAAGGCCACCUUAAGGCUCCUUCUCAGUGCGUCUUGCCUCCCGUCUGCUUUUUCUCUCUUCUUCCCACUUCCCUUUCCCUCAGACCCUUUUCCCUGUGCGUCCUGUGUUGUGGCUGCUGGGGCAGCUUCUUUCUUUCCUUUCUCCCUAACCCUGUCCAUGGGGAGGACUCAGGCCACGGGGACGUUCCAUCUCUGCUCCUGGGAGAACCCCCACCCUGCUCGGUGGGUGGGCCAGAGGCGACGGGGUGCUUCUCAUCUCUCCUCCCCAUGGUCCUUGUGCCAUGAGCCCACCUCGCCAGUGAUCUGGGAAGUGGAACAUCAAGCUGGAAACGCCAGACGUGGCCCUCAGCCUGGGGCUGCCGACCUCUCCCUGCCCGCCUCCAGCUUUGGCUUUGCCUGGCUACCUGCCACCUGCCUCUUGGGGAACUGGGCUUGGAGGCAGGUGAUUCAGAGAAGAAAACAAACGACAAGGGGUGGCAGGGAUUAAAACGUCACCUCGAUUCUCUACCUCCCAUGCAGCAUGUACAUGAUUUCUCCCCACCUGGGCUCCUGAAUGAAAGGAACCAAAGCCUGAGGCUGCCGGGGCGAGGUGAGCCCCAGGGAGUGCCGGACGAGCCAGCUGCGCCCUCCAGAAAGGAGGAUUUGGAGAUGAAGGACUAGUUCCUAGAUGUCAGGUUAAGAGCAGGCCGGGGACGGCAGUGUGCAAACCAAAGGGGAACACGGGCUCCCUGGGCCCCAUCUUCCAGUCCUUUAUGAGAAGAGCACUUCCCCACGACUCCCUGGCAGGUGAGCUGGGCCUUCACUGAACCAGCCUUCGCUCGAGCUGUCCUGAGACCCAGAGUUGUGGGUAGAGAGCAGUAUCUGGGGGAAGGAAGGAACCGUGGCCUCCGGUGGACGAGGGCUCCAGCGCUUUGUUCAGGAAGCGUUUUAACCAUAAAGGGCCCAAGAGUAGCUUGAAGAAGGCCGUUUAAGGACGAGACAAGUCAGUUUCCAGCCCUAGUAGGGCUGCUCCCCACCAUCCUCAGUAGGAGGAUGUUCUUAAGCUACAUAUUUGCCACAUUGCAUGGCUGGGCCUGGAGCUGCAAUGAACAACUGGGCGUUGAACAUUCCCUGACUGAGGGCCAAAAUCCAGGGCACACCCAUGUGAAGGAUUAGGAGCCCCACCUCCUGAGUCCAAAAAGGGUGGGUGGAUGAAAUCACCGAACCUGACCACCAGACUCUUCUCCGAACAGGAGGCAGCAGAAGAGGGAGGCUCGGGAUGCAGGAAUGGGGGCAGGUUAGCACAGAGGAAGGAAAAGGAGAACAGGGAUACAUUUAAGUCCUUGGCUAAUGAGAAAUGUAGCUGACUCUAGGAUGUAGUUAUGAUCAUGGCUAGGGAUGCUCCUUGAGGACUGAGUCCUCGGGUGUCAGGACACAGCAUCCCCCUGGUGGUGGGGAGGGCAUAGUGCCAGCCCUCAGCCCAGACUUCAGAGGGGAGUCCUGUUCGCAUGGGCUCCGACCUGUGGGUCAGUAUUGCAGGUCCCUGGAGAUCAGGCGGAGCACCCCUGCCUUCCUCCUAACCCUCAGGGCUGGGGGACUCUGUUCUAACUGCCCCAGCAGUUCUGGGAGGGAAAACAAGGAGUCCAGAUUCUACGGCUCGAUUAGCCCCCUUCCAGCGCCGCAGCUGGGGAAGGUGUGGGAGCCAGAGGAGGGUUGGGAUGUAAGGGUGCAGUUACACUCCCCAGGUCCCAGAGUCGGCCUCUCACCCCUGAACUCAGUCCAGGAGGUGGCCUGAGGUCGGGCAUUGGGCCCAGACUGUUGAGCAGGUGCUCCUGCCUGUUUACUCCUCACACCUCCGUACCUGCUGUCCUAGACUCUGCCCAGCCCCAGGCCCCCACCUGCUCCUGAGCCCCACCAUCUCCCUGUGACGGGUGAACUCUGUGUACUGUGUCUCGGGUCCAGUUUAUG